GGUGCACCUCAUUGGUGCUAUCAUUACUUUACAGCGUUAUGCUUUAUUUUCAAUUUCACCUUCUAUUGUGAGUGUGGAGAAACCGGCUGAGAUCCGAGGAAAGGACCAGUGUAGACUCGGCGCUGGCGACGCUCGCCUCUUUCGAAACGAAUCAAGACUUACAUUAAAUACAUUAUUUUUUCUUCAUCGUUCCUCAUAUCACGACAUGUCGGCUAAAGUGACGCUUUCGCUCUUUCUUGCUUUAUUUGCAUUUGCGAACAGUGCGAGUAUUUUAGAUUACCUUGACUGGGACGAUGGGAAGAAGCUGAUAGAGGUGCCGGAGUUACGGAAUGACCAACCAAAUAGAAAUUGCAUGUGCAAAGGACCGGCAUGCGUCUGUUGUGUUGAUUUUAACAUAACAUUUGUUGACCUUGGAGGACCAGGUUGCGUUCACAUGAAAUACUUAUCACCCGAAGACGGGUUCUCAGUUAACGUCUCGUAUGGAAAAAAUCUCCUACACUCUUCUAGGAUUCAAGGCAAAAAUCCAGCACCAAUAUGUCUCGAAGUAUUUGGCAAAUUUGCGCAAGUAUGUGCAAAAUUCAGUGACCUAGCUCCUACUUCUGACGGUCUACGGGGCUGUCUCGAGCUAGAGCCAAGGUUACUUGGAGAAAGUCAAUUGGAGUUCCCGAUUGGAUGCUUCAAAUCUAGUGCAGGUGGCAUGGAAAUGGAAGAUCCACCGGCGGAGCCUGAAGAAACUACAGAAGAAACAACGACGGAAAACAGCAACACUUUUGACGCAGAAUCAUUUUUAAUAAAUAUCUACCAGACAGCGGAGCAGAGUGUUGCAUUUCUCGGCAGCCUUCUAGAUCUUCCGUUGAGAAAAAAUGAAACAACCACAUUAAAACCAACUACAGAACAGGAGACUUCUCAGAGAAGAGCACCAAAAUAUUUAAAACAUCCAAAUCAAUUGUGAUAAUUUUAUGAUUAAAUUUAUGUAUAUUUAAGUACAAAGAAGGCAUUUCAUAGAUUAACUUCAGCUUGCCAACUUGUUAACGCUCUUUUAUAAAAAGUCAGCGAUAUACUUUCUCCUAUUUAUUGCUUUAAUAAUAAAAUUAGUUAGUUGACCUAUGUUUGAUAAUUAUAACUAUAAUAAAGUAAUAUGGAUAAAAAUAAAAUGUUUUAUUUAAUA